AUGGGUCUCGCUGGCCUGGAACGAGUCCUCCUUCGAGAAGUCCAAAGUCUGACACUGUAUUGGCGAUAUACAAAUGGUCGGAGAUCAAGCCCUGUGCCCCAGCUGCAGGUGUUGGGUGGCACAGCUAGCUGCACUUCCUUCAUUCCACAAGUGGUGCAGUGUUACAAAGGAUGGGAUGGCUAUGAUGUACAGUGGGAAUGCAAGGCGGAUAUGGACAUUGCUUAUCGAUUUGGAGCAGUCACAGUCAGUUGUGAAGGUUACAAUUAUCCAGAAGAUCCUUACGUUUUGAGGGGAUCCUGUGGCUUGGAAUAUGUUAUAGAUCUUACUAAGGAAGGUGUACAGAAGAAAAGAGAUAAUUCCGGAUUCGUUCAUCAACCGCCGAAACAGGAAGAUCCCACAGUUGUCAACAAUCCAUCCGAUUUAAUGCUGUUACUCUUCCUAUUUUGUCUUGCUUAUUUGGUGUAUAGGACAUGUUUGAGAAACCAACAAAAUGAUAACCAGUCUUCCCCAAAAGGCGAAGAAGAUGUUAACAAUAAGGCAGGUCCUUCAAAAUGUCCACCAUCUCCUGGCUUUAAAACCGGAGUACACGGGUUCAUUCACCUAUAUCUAUUUUCAGGAAGCACUGCUGAUGAAUGCCAUAAUGACAAUACCAAUCAGGGAUCUAAUGGCCAUCAAGCGAAAGGACAUAGUUCAGGACCAGGAUUUUCGAAUAACCAUGCCAAUCAAGGAUCUAAAGGCCAUCAACCGGGAGGACAUAGUUCAGGACCAGGAUUUUGGACUGGAAUUGGAGCCGGUGGCUUCCUGGGGUACUUACUUGGCAGCAGAAGAUCUCAGCCAAGCAAUUCAUAUCAACCAUUCUACAGGGGGAAUCCUGCACCUUACACAUAUAGAUCUCAGCCAAGCAAUUCAUAUAAUCCAUCCUACAGGGAGAAUCCUGCACCUUACACACAACAAAGGCAGGAGACUAAUUGGAAACCUGAAGCUACAGGAAGCAGAACAGUGUCAGGAUUUGGUGGGACAAAAAGAAGAUAAGGAAAUUCGAAGUACAAGAGCAAUGCAAAUGUUUAACCAUUUAAAGGUUGCGGCUUCAGUCGUACAGUUUAUUGUGAGGAUGCUGAAGAAAGCGAUACUUGCUUCAAUUCGCAAUUUUAACUUGCUACUGUAUUCAAUUUAUUUCAAUGACUAAGUUUGGAACCAGGAAACAAUUAGGGUAGAUUUCAAAAUCUGGAAGAUAUCCAUGUGUGUAUGAGUAUUUUUAAGUCAAGUGUGGGGCUCUAAUAAUCUGCAUCAGUUUGAAAUAAUUUCUAAAUUUUGCUUCCUUUAAAUUUAUAAUCUUGCAUUUAGCUGUAAAUAUUCCUUAUCAGUGAGACACAAUUAAAAUUUUCUGGUGGAUCGAAGUUGGAAGAAUAGAAAACAAUAAUUUGUUCAAACUAAUUAUUGUGAAUUAGUUCCAAAUCCAAUAUCUAAUAACUGAAUAUCUUUUGGGGCUGGAGAACAGCUAAUGGUUACCAAUAAGUUUGAUCCAGCAUUUAGCAGCAGGACCUGCUCCACAUUUAAUUCUACCACUCAAAGUAAAGUUAUGUGCACACUGGUUUUGUGGGGUUUAUCAUGGAUUUUGUUUCAAGCCCUAUUUGUUUUGCCGUUGACGUUGCUUUCAAGCAUUGUCAAUUUCCUUCUGCCCUAUAUGAAAGGCUACAAUUUGUCCAAGGGUCAUUGAUUGUCCUUGACUCGUUUCACUGUUUUGAAAUCUUAUGAUAUAGAAAAAAAGUGAGUUGUUAAUUAAAUAUCAGUCCUGUUAUCUUCUGCAUAAAAGUAAGUUGGUCUUUGUGCUAGCUAAGAUCUGAGGCAGGCAUCGUGAAAAAUAAAUAAACUGAGUGAUUUAUUAAAAAAACAA